AUGGCUUUGGCCUUGGUGGCUCAGUCCGCGGCGUCGGUGGUAAUCGAGAAGCUGAUCGGCGCGGCCGUAUCCUUCGUGGGGGAGUGCGGCGCCGGGCUGAGCGACGUGCAGAAGGAGAUCCAGAGGCUUCGUCAGGCUUUUCCACGGAUUCGAGCGAUCUUGACUUUCGUCGAGGAGGGGCAGACUGUCACUACGAAGCAAAACGAGUGGCUCGACGCCUGGCUGUGGCAACUCAGAGAUGCUGUCGAUCAGGCGGAGGAUGUGCUUGAUGAGAUGGAGUACUACGAGCUGGAGAAGGCAGUGAAAGCUGGAGAUAACAAAGUACGACAAGGUACUGAACUCAACUUAAAAUGGAAGUUUACUGAGUUUGCUGACAAUAUCUUUGGAAAUGACGACACUUUGACGAGGUUGAGGGGGGCCGUGAAGGCGUUAGAUCAUGUUGCUGCUGGUAGUGAGCCUUUACUUCACCUUGUUACGCAGCUAUACAAUUCGGAUGUUAAGCGUCAACAGGAAGAUGAGAUACGAAAUGCCCGUGAGACUAGCUCCUUCUUAACUGAGGAUACAAUUUACGGUCGAGACACGGAGAAGGAAAGGAUAGUUGAAUGGUUAACAAAACCGACAAGCGAUGAGCCGGAGAAUGCUUCUGCAACUGUCGGAAAGGUCUCGGCUUUUGCGAUCGUUGGCAUGGGUGGGUUGGGAAAGACCACUCUCGCGCAGUUCAUCUACCACGAUGAAAAAGUGCGGAAGUGCUUCGACUUGGUUUUGUGGGUGUGUGUUUCCGAUCAAUUUGAUGUGGCUAUGCUGACAAGAAAGAUCUUGGAAGCGGCGAAUGUUCGGGAGAGCCUUGGCGACAAGAGCCUUAAUACAAUUCAAGAGAUUCUUAAAGAAAAGCUGAUCUCCAAGAAGUUUUUUCUUGUACUAGACGAUGUAUGGGCUGAUAAAAAAUUUCUUCAAUGGAAGAGUUUGGUGAGUCCUUUAAAAUUUGGACAACAUGGAAGCAAGAUUCUGUUGACAACUCGAAUGGAUUCAGUGGCGGACACGGUAGCCAGUAUUCUACGAUGUAAAAAAGAGUCUUUAACAUUAACUGGGUUAAAAAAAGUUGAUUUUAUGCAUCUUUUCAAUGCGCAUGCAUUUGCUGGAACGAAUAUUGAUGAUCAUGGAAACUUAAAAUUGAUUGGUGAGCAAAUAGCAAAGAAGCUUGGGGGAUGCCCAUUGGCAGCAAAAAUUUUGGGCGGAUGUUUGAACUCUUGCAUGGAUGAAAAAUACUGGACAUUAGGAUGA